AUGCAUGAGCAUGCUCUCAGCAUUGGUUUCCCCGCCACCAAUAAUGAGGCCGAGUACGAAGCCCUCAUCGCCGGGCUCACAAGAUUCGCUACUAGUCUGCCUCCUACUUCCUCGAUCCCACCGGUGUCCUAUAUCGGCGGUCUUAUACUUGCCUCGACCUUCGUGUGGUCCACGAACAGGAAGUGCCAGGCAUCCUUCAAGAGCUCCAUGGUGGGAGUGCCGGUUGCCACACCGGAGGUCGCUCCUUGGCCGACCGUGCCCUUUCUCAGGGAUAUUGGUGGAAGAAGAUGGUACAUUCUGCUUCCGAAUCACUAUACAAAGUGGGUGGAGGCCAAGGUGCUUAUAACAAUCAUGGUCGCCGACGUGGAGAAUUUCCUCUGGAAGCAAAUCUUCAUCAGGUUUGGCGUUCCGUAUGCCAUUGUCUUUGAUAAUGGUACCCAGUUUGUAGCCACUGGGAGCGGUCAAGUUAAAGCUGCCAACAAGGCCAUCUCCGUCGGAUUAAAGCACCGACUCACCAAUAAGCGCGGCAAAUGGGCGACCGAGCUGCCCGAUGUGGCAGCUACACGCCCCACGGCUCGAACUAUUAAUUUCGAUGUUCCGGCGAGUGAUGCCAUGCUGGCCGCCGAGGCAAAUCGUAUCGAUGAGCUCCUAGAUGACGCCCACGUAAAGUAUGCAGCCUAUCAACAGCAGUUGGCUUGGAGCUAUAACAAGACCCUCUGGACCCGGCCAUUCAACGUGGACGAUCUAGUCCUUUGGCAUAUGGUUUAG